AUGGAGAGAGAUAAUGAAGUGAGAGCUUCAAAAUUCAAGAGGAUUUGUGUUUUUUGUGGGAGCAGUCAGGGCAAAAAAACUAGCUAUCAAGAAGCUGCAAUUGAGCUGGGCAAAGUUUUGGUUUCAAAAAACAUUGAUUUGGUCUAUGGAGGAGGUAGCAUAGGCUUGAUGGGCUUAGUUUCUCAAGCUGUUCAUGAUGGCGGUCGGCAUGUUAUAGGGGUGAUCCCCAAGACACUCAUGCCUAGAGAGUUAACUGGUGAAACAGUAGGGGAGGUGAAAGCAGUUGCAGAUAUGCACCAAAGGAAAGCUGAGAUGGCAAGGCACUCAGAUGCUUUUAUAGCCUUACCAGGUGGUUAUGGAACUCUAGAGGAAUUACUUGAAGUCAUAACUUGGGCUCAGCUUGGUAUCCAUGAUAAGCCGGUGGGAUUGUUGAAUGUUGACGAGUAUUAUGACUCGUUGUUGUCGUUUAUUGACAAAGCCGUGGAGGAAGGGUUCAUCAGCCCAAAUGCUCGCCACAUAAUCGUAUCAGCACCAACUGCAAAGGAGCUCGUCAAGAAAUUGGAGGAAUAUGUCCCUCGUCACGAGAGAGUUGCUUCGAAACUGAGCUGGGAGACCGAGCAGUUGGGCUGUCCUCAAAAAUAUGAUAUCAAAAAGAAAAAUGGAUUUGCUGCAUAA